CUCGGGCGCCCCCACGCUCGCGCGCCCGCCUCCUCUCGGCCCUGCCCCUCCCCAGGCCAAAUUCAGCACCGUGCUGGUCGCCGUCCGACCGGAACGGGACGGAGCCAGGAUGGCGGCCGCCGACGGUGACGACUCGCUCUACCCCAUCGCGGUGCUCAUAGACGAGCUCCGCAACGAGGAUGUGCAGCUCCGCCUCAACAGCAUCAAGAAGCUGUCCACCAUCGCCUUGGCCCUCGGGGUGGAGAGGACCCGCAGCGAGCUUCUGCCCUUCUUGACAGACACCAUCUACGACGAGGAUGAGGUCCUCCUGGCGCUGGCGGAGCAGCUGGGAACCUUCACCACCCUGGUGGGAGGCCCCGAGUACGUGCACUGCCUGCUGCCGCCCCUGGAGUCGCUGGCCACGGUGGAGGAGACGGUGGUGCGGGACAAGGCGGUGGAGUCCUUGCGGGCCAUCUCGCACGAGCACUCGCCCUCCGACCUGGAGGCCCACUUCGUGCCGCUGGUGAAGCGGCUGGCGGGCGGCGACUGGUUCACCUCCCGCACCUCGGCCUGCGGCCUCUUCUCCGUCUGCUACCCCCGCGUGUCCAGCGCCGUGAAGGCCGAGCUCCGACAGUACUUCCGGAACCUGUGCUCAGAUGACACCCCCAUGGUGCGGCGGGCCGCAGCCUCCAAGCUGGGGGAGUUCGCCAAGGUGCUGGAGCUGGACAACGUCAAGAGCGAGAUCAUCCCCAUGUUCUCCAACCUGGCCUCUGACGAGCAGGACUCGGUGCGGCUGCUGGCGGUGGAGGCGUGCGUGAACAUCGCCCAGCUGCUGCCGCAGGAGGACCUGGAGGCCCUGGUGAUGCCCACCCUGCGCCAGGCCGCUGAGGACAAGUCCUGGCGCGUGCGGUACAUGGUGGCCGACAAGUUCACGGAGCUCCAGAAAGCCGUGGGGCCUGAGAUCACCAAGACGGACCUGGUCCCCGCCUUCCAGAACCUAAUGAAAGACUGUGAGGCUGAGGUGAGGGCCGCAGCCUCUCACAAGGUCAAAGAAUUCUGUGAAAAUCUCUCCGCCGACUGUCGGGAGAACGUGAUCAUGACGCAGAUCUUGCCGUGCAUCAAGGAGCUGGUGUCCGACGCCAACCAGCACGUCAAGUCGGCGCUGGCUUCGGUCAUCAUGGGCCUCUCCCCCAUCCUGGGCAAGGACAACACCAUCGAGCACCUCCUGCCCCUCUUCCUGGCUCAGCUGAAGGACGAGUGCCCGGAGGUGCGGCUGAACAUCAUCUCCAACCUGGACUGCGUCAACGAGGUGAUCGGCAUCCGGCAGCUGUCCCAGUCCCUGCUCCCCGCCAUCGUGGAGCUGGCGGAGGACGCCAAGUGGCGGGUGCGGCUGGCCAUCAUCGAGUACAUGCCCCUGCUGGCUGGACAGCUGGGGGUGGAGUUCUUUGACGAGAAGCUCAACUCCUUGUGCAUGGCCUGGCUCGUGGAUCACGUCUAUGCCAUCCGCGAGGCGGCCACCAGCAACCUGAAGAAGCUGGUGGAGAAGUUCGGGAAGGAGUGGGCCCAUGCCACUAUCAUCCCCAAGGUCUUGGCCAUGUCUGGGGACCCCAACUACUUGCACUUCUGCAUCAAUGUGCUGUCUGAGGUCUGCGGGCAGGACAUCACCACUAAGCACAUGCUGCCCACGGUCCUGCGUAUGGCGGGGGACCCCGUCGCCAACGUCCGCUUCAAUGUGGCCAAGUCCCUGCAGAAGAUAGGUCCCAUCCUGGACAACAGCACGCUGCAGAGCGAGGUCAAGCCCAUCCUGGAGAAGCUGACACAGGACCAGGACGUGGACGUCAAGUACUUCGCCCAGGAGGCCCUGACCGUUCUGUCUCUCGCAUGAUGCCAGGACGGUGCCAGAAGAAGAGCCAGCAGCCGCCUCUGACAUCCACCCCGCCCCCAAACUCCUCCCUCGGGAGACACUGGGGGCCUUUGGCUGUCACUCCCCGAGCAUGGUCUGACCCCAGGCCCCUUCCCCCAGCACGGUUCCUCCUCUCCCCAGCCUGGGAGUCCGACUUCUCACUGUCCACCUCCCCGGGGCCUGGGGGAGCACGGCGACAGGACAGCGCAGGGGCGGGGGGCGCUCCUGCCCACAGGACAGAGAUGUGCGCAUCCGGACCCCGGCCCGUUUACCUCUGCCUCCCUUCCUUCCUCCCUCCCCCAGUGGUUUUUUCGUGUCAACUGUGCCGUUUUUAUUUUACUCCUUUUUUCCCCUUUUCACAGAGAAAUAAAGGUGUAGAAACAG